AGUGUUAAACUAAAGUGAACGUCGAAUUGCUGAAUUCAUGAUCGAGGCAGCCUGUGGAAAUGGCAGAAAAUGAUGAUUAUUUAGAUUCUAUUGACAACAAUCAUUUAGACGGACCCAACGGUUCCCUGAAUAUGACUGACAGCAGCCUCGGGGGUGAAAAGUGCAUGACAUGAUCAGCUUAUAUACAUCCAACUGAAGUACUUAUGCCUCCUCACAUUAAAGGAAGAGGUUUGGGCCGUAGUCCAUCAUGAUGCCCAAGGUGGAUUAAUUGAUGGUUGGAUUUUUAAACUACUGGCCAGUCUAGUGUCAGAAAUUUCAUGUCACCCAUUUUCUGACACGCAUAAGGGACUGCUGUCAUUAGAGAACAUCAGGAAACCAGGGGAAGUACCCUCUGUGCUAAUUUAGGAUAUAGAUAAUCUAUGUUACUUUAUGUGCUGUAGACAAAUAUCAUCAAUAAUUAUGGGCGGAGAUGAGGCUGCUGGUGGCGCGGUGCCCGACCUGGCCGCCAUCAAGGCGCGGGUGCGGGAAAUGGAGGAGGAGGCAGAGAAACUGAAGCAAAUGCAGACAGAGGUUGAUAAACAGAUGAGCAUGGGGAGUCCGCCCGGGCUCACAAGCCCGUUAAACAUGUCAUUGGAGGAGAAAAUCGAAGCCGAUAACAGAUCGGUGUACGUCGGCAAUGUAGACUACGGCGCCACUGCCGAGGAGCUAGAACAACACUUCCACGGAUGUGGAUCUAUUAAUAGGGUUACAAUAUUAUGUAACAAAUUCGAUGGUCAUCCCAAAGGAUUCGCGUACAUAGAGUUUGGUGAUAAAGACAGUGUACAGACAGCGAUGGCAAUGGACGAAUCGCUAUUCAGAGGGCGACAAAUAAAGGUGAUGCCAAAGCGCACGAACAAGCCGGGGUUGUCGUCCACGAACCGUCCGCCGCGCACGCAGCGCGGGCGCGGGCGCGGCUUCCGCGGCGGCUUCUCGCCAUACUACUCCGGCUACCGACCCGUGCGCCGCGGCAGAGGCUACAGACGCACCAUGUAUUACUCCCCUUACUGAGUGCGGUAGAGGGGGCCGCGAGCCGCCAUAUCUCGUAUGAGCAAGUGCGUGCGGUAUAACUAGUGCGGUUCGCUGUGGCGACCGAGCCCCCGACAUUACCUGCUCGCCUCCACCACUGGACUGUAGCGUCGUCUUAAUAUAUUACACCUUGUGUUACUUGUAGGUAAGGAACAAUGUUACACCGUUGACUCUAACGUACACCAGAUAAAUUCAAAUGACUUUAUUUUGUAAUUACAUAUUGGUAUUACAUAUAGAAUGAACUGACAAUUAGGGUAUGUUGUGCUGUUUUGUAUUGUAAGAGUAAUGAGUAAUGACGCUUUCUAAGUUGUUUAUGUUGACUGGUCCGUGUGCCGUCGGACGUUUAAAUGUGGUUGAUUUGUUUACAAUCAUUAUUGUAUUAAAAAUGCGUUCGCGCUAGAUACGUUUAGCAAUACUUAGUGUAACACUCUUGUUGGAGAUAUAAUUUUGUAAUUCUGUAAUUGAACUAUGUUCAUACUGUAAGGUGUCUAGACUAAAGUGUAAUGUAAAUGAGAGCUAUAAUCACUAGAACUGCUAGUUUAGACACUUCACACGACGUGAUUAAAUCAACGAGUUUUAGAUAAAUAAAUGCUGAAGGCCUAAUCGCGUCGUGUGAUCAAUGUUAACUUUUAACAAGCUAAAUCCAUGUACCUCAUUAGAUAAUGAUCAAUUUACUAUAUCUCAUAAAGUAACAUAUUAUUAUGUUUAAAAGUAAAAUGUGGCCCUAUAAAGUGUUACUGAUUUUCCAAUGCUACUCAAAUGUGAUUUGUAUAAAUAUUUGAAAUAAUUUGUGAACUCAAACACUUCUUACUUCUACAAUAUUUCAUUAAAGGGAUCUUGUAAUUAAUCAACGUCACGGUACAAAGUAUUGUUAGAUUUGGAAUUUUGAUAAAUAGUUGUGCGUGAUAGAACUGUAUGUUUGAGAUGCAAAUUUACGCAGAUGUAUCCUUGCCUUUAAAACUUGAAUAUCACUACUUCAAAAUACGGUUUCGUUUUGACCGCAUAUCGUAAUUUGUCUGAGUUUUUUUUUUUAUUGAAAGCCCACCGUCCAUGGCCAUCGGUAUCCACAAAAGUAUUACGUCAUAAUUUUGGAAACGUUGAUGACUUGUGAUAAAAAAUGUAUGACGAUUGAGUUUGACUGAUUAAUUUUAAUUUCUAAAUCUGCGGUAAGUUAUUGGAAAACAGUUGUUUGAUGCAUAAGUGUUUGGACCAAUAUACGGCAAAAUCUUCGACCAACGGAAGAGUUCAUUUCUAGGCAAAGACUUUGGCUUCCAACCAUUUUUUACAAUCUUCACAGAGCGAUCUAAGGGUGCGUACAAUUGUGACGCAUGCGCGUGCGUCCCCAAGCUCAAUAGGCUGCGCUAAUGCUGUCACACAUUAUCAAUAACCUUAUAAGGUGUAUAGGAGACGAGCAGUUCGCGCAUUAUGCGAGACAUGGAGUAAAGUAGCGCGCAACAGUUAUAGUCAGUGCGCGUGACGCGCAUUGGUCACGUUUGGAUGCACCCUUAUGAUUCUCAUGAAGGAAGUUUUUGUUUUAUUUUACCGAACUGCAAUACUUAAUUCUGUGCCAAAUUUUGUGACUGCUCUGAAUGAUAUUUAUCGUCACAAAAUAUUCACAAUAUCGCACGUACGGCAACUUCAGAGCGGUUGAAAAAUUUGACAUGAACUUUAGGAGAAAUCUGAACUUCCUGCUUUUAUGUCCAAAUGUCGAUGUUUUCAAUUACGAAACUGUGUGUAGAGAGAUAAUAUCUGUGGUAUGUCAUUUAAUUAUUACAAUUGACUAUAAUUUGUCCUAUAUUUGUAGUUUUUUUAUAGAAUUGUCCAGGUAGGAACUGUGGUCCCAUCUAAUUUGUGCUUAAAAAUAUUAUGUAAAUAAAAUUGACAGUUGACACGGUAUCAGCAAUGAUAUAGUAUCGAAAUCUCCAAAACUGUGGAUUCAGUGUUAUAGACCUUACGGAGUACAUAACUAUUACAUUAAUAACGUUACAACUUGAGUUAUUCAAUAGCGUACAGUUUGCACGAGACAUGAGCUUUCAGUUAGUUGUUGUACGAGUUUAAAUUACAUCAAUACCUACUGUGUGUGCAGUUUUGAAACUAUUCUUGAUCUUGUUGAAGACCUCUAUCAUGUUUGGAUCCGUUCCUUACAUAGCAAUGGAAGCGGAAAACUCAAGUCUCGCAGUUACAAACCAUUAGAUAGAUAAAUUAGCUGUUUGCUAUCCACACUGGUACUAUUUUGUUCAUGCCGUGAGAGUGGUAUUUCAGCUGUCUAAAAUGUGAACAUCACGAGGAUAUGUACAAAUGUACGUGUGUAUUAAAAUUUGUUCACGAUGUAAAAAAAAA